GAAGCAGACAGGAGUGUGUGGAAAACAAGAUGAGCCCCAAGAGCUUCCCAGUGGUCCCCGCGGAGCAGCUGCAGCUGGUGGGGGAUCUUCUGAAGGAGCUUUCUAUUGGCCAGGCAGAGGAGAGGCGGGGCCAAGAGGAGAGGGGGCGAGGCCAAGAGGAGAAGAGGCGAGGCCUAGAGGAGAGGAGGGGGACCCUGCUGGAGCUCCUCAAAGUGUCCCGAGAGGACAGUAUGGUGGUCUGGGAGGAACAUUUCAAAACCAUGUUGCUGCUGCUGCUGGAGACGCUGGGAGACAAAGACCACACGAUCCGGGCUCUGGCUCUCCGAGUCCUGAAGGAGAUCCUGAGGAACCAGCCGGGGCGUUUCAAGAACUACGCAGAGCUCACCAUCAUGAAGACACUGGAGGCGCACAAAGACUCACACAAGGAGCUUCUCCAUGUGAACGCUCUGCAGAGUCACAAACCCUCAGAGUACACCCUGUAG